AUGUGGUGCUGUGGUAUCGACAACGACAUAGAGGAGAUGGCCAAGACGUGCAUCAGUUGCGGGAAGAAUCAGAAGUCUCCCGCGAAGCUGGUACAGCCAGAGUGGACUCGACCCAGCAGCCCAUGGCACACCAUUCAUCUAGACUUUGCUGGACCUAUUCGAGGUAUCACAUUCCUAGUAAUAGUGGAUGCCUAUAGCAAGGGGAUGGAGGUCCGGCAAGUGGAAAGUCCAAACUCAGCUACUGUGAUACGAGUGCUCCGCGGCCUCUUUGCGACAUUUGGAAUUCCGCAAGAAGCAGUGUCGGAUAAUGGAACUGCUUUUGUGUCCGAGGAGAUGAAGGAAUUCUACCGGAGAAACGGGGUUAAGUGCGUCACUGCAGCACCUUAUCACCCUGCUACCAAUGGGCAAGCCGAAAGAAUGGUCGGUUAUUUUAAACGGGCACUGUCGAAAGGAACAUCGGGAACGCUGGCUACGCAAGUUUCAAGGAUAUUGUUUAAGCAACACACAACGUGUCACGCGACAACGGGGAAGACCCCCGCAAGACUGAUGUUCGGGCGAGAAUUACCCUCGGCUCUGGAUGGUCUCCUACCGAAACGUCACUCCAGCCAGCUCGAUAACCUACCAGAAUCAAGGACACUCCAUGAAGGUUACGUGGUGCUCAUCAGAAACUUCAGGAGCAAGCCAACAUGGGUGCAAGGAGACGUGACCAGAAGAGUGGGUCGCCGUUCGUGGAUGGUGCGCACAGAGGACGGCGAGUGCCGACGUCAUAUCGAUCACAUUAGGCUAGUCCGACGUAAGGCACAACUGUUGGACACUGGCACUUCGCCUCUUCUGGCUUGGGACAUAGGCGAUACUGAGGAUCAAGUUACAAGGAACGAGGAAACGUCGUCCGUUCCACCUCCUUUGGAAGGACGGCCUAAGAGAGUCAGAAGGAAACCAGAUCGAUAUGGAGACUUUGUUUCGGAAUAG